UUAGAUUGGCUGUCUUCUGUGUAUAAACAGCAGUGGCUUGCUAUGCUCCGGGCAGAACAAGACAGCGAGGUGGGGCCUCAAGAAAUCAAUAAAGAAGAACUAGAGGGAAAUAGCAUGAGGUGUGGUAGAAAGCUUGCCAAAGAUGGUGAAUACUGCUGGCGGUGGACAGGUUUUAACUUCGGCUUUGACCUACUUGUAACUUACACCAAUCGAUACAUCAUUUUCAAACGCAAUACACUGAAUCAGCCAUGUAGCGGAUCUGUCAGUUUACAACCUCGAAGGAGCAUAGCCUUUAGAUUACGUUUGGCUUCUUUUGACAGUAGUGGAAAACUAAUAUGUAGUAGAACAACUGGCUAUCAAAUACUUACUCUUGAAAAAGAUCAGGAACAAGUGGUGAUGAACUUGGACAGCAAGCUUCUGAUCUUCCCUUUAUAUAUCUGCUGUAACUUCUUGUAUAUAUCGCCAGAAAAAAGAAUUGAAAAUAAUCGUCACCCAGAAAACCCAGAAAACUGAGCAUCUCAUCAGUUGGAAACAGUAGCACUUUGAAAACUUUUUAGGCCAGUUUUAAUUUAAUGGCCCUACUGAUAUUCACAUUUAAGGUGACUAACAAUGACAAAGGCCUUAUGAACUGUACAGAUAAUACCGAAGAUUAUUUUUAUCCUCAUUACAUGUCUAUGCAUACAUCAAAAAACAUUUUAAAGCCAAGAAAAUAUCUGUCAAACCACUUAAGUAAUACAGAUGUCAACUCAUGCCUUUAAUUUAGCAUCAGUAGAAAAUUGCUGUAGGUAAAUUUCAGUAUCUCUGCCACAAAAUAUAGAUUUAAUUUUUAGCUUAAACUUUCAUCCUACUAAUUGAACCUCAGUUAUCCAUCAGUAAAUUUAUUUUUACUUGGCUAAAAGAACGCUAAAGGAAUAAUUUGAAUGGCUAAUUAUAAAUUUUCUCUCAAUUGGUGCAUUUAAAGCUGUUCUUUAAUUUUUUCAGCUGCUCAUUAUUUUUCCUUUUAGUCUAAUAUCUUCCCAAUCUUUCAAUUGUUAAAUACUUUUUUCAUAGUUUUGGAGACGAAGCUGAGGAUCUUUUUAUUAAACUUAAACAUUUUCAUGCUAUUUUCUUUUAAUUUAGCUUUCCUAGGAUUUUAGCAACAGCAAAGAAAAUCAGCUUUGGACCUUCAAAUAAACUUGAAUGAGGGAAAAAUCAGUUUGGUUCUGAGGAUAUUACUUUGCCUUACAUGGUCUUUUCUUUGACGUUCUGUACACCUUUAUUAUUAGGUUAUAAUUUAUGUUCCAAAUAUUACAUUUUAAACAUUUUCUUAUUUUUGAUCUUUAGAAUUAUUUAUGUUCAAAUUUUAGUUGGGAAUCCUGUUUCCUUCUUAAGCUCAGGACUUUAUUACCUCUGAACUGAGUGCCUUUGAGUUACACAUACUAAUAGAAAUUUCAUAGUAAAUGUAAAUAAGGUCAAAGGAUCUAAUACAGAAGCUGAUAUUAAAGUGUUAAUGUAAAAAUAGAACUUAUGUUUUGUCAAAAAUGAGACAUACCCUUGUCAUGAUUUAUAUAUGUUAGCUUCUUGUGCUUAUUGUUAUUUUGAAAAUAGCCAUGCUCAUUUUCUUUUCAGUCAGAAUAAGUAGUUUUGUGGUUAAUGUAUAUUUUUAGUAUUUUUUUUUAAAUGCAAAUCAUUUUUAUGUAUCUGUGUAAAUAAUAAAUGCCCAUUUGGAAAAAGAAUAAAUAAGCUUUUACAUAAAGUGAACCAAAAAAACUUAAUUGAAACCAGAAUUUUUUUUCUUUCUAGUUAGAUUUUUUUCCACCUACUUUUAACUUCUGGAACUUACUGGUAGUUUUUCUUUUCCAGUAAUGUGUGUGUACUGUAGGUUUCUUAAUUGCCUUUGAUCUUUCAAAAUUCAUCCACUUGGUUUAAUUUAAAGGAACCUUUUAAAUGCUUUCCCCUCCACCCCCAGAACUGUAGUUUAAAUGUUUCUAAUACAAUGAUUUGGUUGUA